UUGAAAGUUGGCAGUUGCUUUGCGAUUGUGAUUGUGUCUUGUUGAACGAAAUUGAUAAGUUUGUUUUGUCUCCAAAAAUAUGUUAUUCAUUUUAUAAAUUCUAUAAAGCCAUGAGAUAAAUAAUCUAUUAAAAAAAUAUAAAACAACGACAUUCAAUGUGAAUAACAUAAAAACAAUGAAAGUCGGGCGGGUUACAUUAUAAAAAUGCGAUGUGAUACAUUCGGAUCUGUAUUGGAUAUCUCAGUGCAAUUUAAGAAAGGUUUUUAAAGAGAACCAUUCAAUUUUUACCGUGGAGUUGUUACAUGUACGCAGCGGGAAUGACAAUAAUGGCAGUUUCUGUUGGAGAAAUUUGUGAGAACACAAAGCUGGCCAGAGAAAUGGCAUUAAUGGGUAACUACGAAUCCGCACUCGUGUACUACGAAGGGACAGUUCAGAUGAUCCAUAGACUUUUGAUGACCAUAGCAGACCCUACACGCAAGUCUAAGUGGCAACUGGUACAGAAGCAAAUGGCCCGUGAAUAUGAACAACUGAAGGCGACGGUGGCCACACUGCAAAUGUUCCAACAUGAAGGGGAAAAAGCUAUUACGCCUCUGUCGGGAAAUUACGAAGACUUGCCAACACGAGAUCAGAUAUGGGGCCCUGCGCCGCACGAGCUCGACCCCGACAUCUGGCCACCGCCGCCCGACAGGGACCCCAAUGCAUGGCCACCGCCCACCAGUGUCGAACACAAAGGACCUCCAGCCAUGAAGUCAGCCCGCAACAAUCCCAGGAACACACGGACAGAUAAAAAAACAACAGGCAACCAACGGAAUCCCACCACCUCCCAACGAAAGAGCUCUGACGUCAGAAACCCCAAGUUAGCAGCAAAUAAAGCGCAUAGUGCUAAAACAAAAGAUUCAAGCAGCAAAGACCACGGCGGUGGCGGGGGCGGCAAGGACAAACAGGACAGGGAAAAUAACAAUGGUGACACGGACGACGAAAAGCACAAAGAGGAAGAGAGGCGGUUCGAACCACCGUCCGCCGCUGAUGGGGACCUAGUCGAUAUGCUUGAAAGGGAUAUUGUACAAAAGAACCCAAACAUAAGGUGGGAUGACAUUGCUGAUUUAACAGAGGCCAAACGAUUGUUAGAGGAAGCAGUAGUCUUGCCAAUGUGGAUGCCGGAUUUCUUCAAAGGCAUCAGAAGGCCAUGGAAGGGGGUGCUAAUGGUGGGUCCACCCGGCACUGGCAAGACAAUGCUAGCGAAAGCUGUCGCCACGGAAUGCGGCACCACUUUCUUCAAUGUCUCUUCGUCCACUCUCACUUCAAAGUACCGCGGUGAAUCGGAAAAGUUAGUCCGGUUGCUGUUUGAAAUGGCUCGGUUUUACGCGCCAAGCACAAUAUUCAUCGACGAGAUAGACUCGCUAUGCUCACGGCGCGGCUCUGACAGCGAGCACGAAGCGUCGCGGCGGGUCAAGUCAGAAUUGCUUGUGCAAAUGGAUGGAUUAGGAUCCGCUACCGACGAACCCGCAAAGGUAGUAAUGGUGUUAGCAGCAACGAAUUUCCCAUGGGACAUCGACGAAGCGCUGCGACGAAGACUUGAAAAGCGCAUCUACAUCCCUCUACCUACGCAGGAAGGUCGCGAGGCGCUGCUACAAAUCAACUUACGAGAAGUAAAAGUGGACCCCGAAGUAGAUCUAAAAUAUAUUGCUAGAAAAUUAGAGGGUUACUCAGGCGCAGAUAUAACGAAUGUCUGUAGGGAUGCCUCAAUGAUGUCGAUGCGCCGAAAAAUCGCCGGUCUGAAGCCAGAACAGAUCAAGCAGCUUGCCAAGGAAGAGCUCGACCUGCCGGUCACCAAACAGGACUUUCUGGAAGCCCUCGCUAAGUGCAAUAAAUCCGUCUCCAAAGGCGAUAUACAGAAAUAUUUGACGUGGAUGGACGAAUUCGGAUCCUCUUGAUUGUAGUUCUAAACGAAUAAAUACCCCAUUUAGUGUUCUAACGCCCAACUAGUAAUUAAAAUGGUGUUUAACACGUUGACAUAAUUUUUUUUUAAAUUCAGUGCGUAACGUAAAUGGUGUAGCUAUAAUUAACAAUAGUAUUCUUGAAACUAAGCAAUUUCAAGGUGGAAUGAAAACCAGUGAAACAAUUUUUUUCCUAAAUAAAAAAAAAAAGCUUGAGUCGAAAUAAGUCAAGAAAUAUGAAAAGAAAAAUAAUGUAUGAUUUCAAGUAUAUGUAUCUAUACCCUGUAGUCGAAACUUGAAGUUAAUUUUUAAAUCUAUGUAUUUACUAUCCUACCAACCAACCAAUCUACCUAUCUUUUUAAUGUAAUAAUUAACUUACGUGUGCCUACGAAACUUUUAACUAUAUAAUCUACCUAUCAUACCUACAUUAUGAUUAAUUAUGCCAAAAAUAUUUCUAAUUUCGACUCAUAUUCCUUGUACCGAGUUUGCAUUAAUACUAUUGAGUUUAUGUAGUCUACCCGUUACGCUUACAUAAUACAUGAUGUACUGUACUCUCUAAAUUUAAUAUGUCAAUAAUAGAUACAUGGAGAAUAUGAAAUGUUUGCCUUAUAAACUCGUCUAGUGUAGAAUAAUUAAGCAAAAAUUGGACUGUUUCAGUAUUAAUACAGAAAGUAUAAACUUGAUAGUGGCAUAUCGAAAUUUAAUGUUAUACCUAAGUGAGAUACGGUAACAAUGGAUUUGAUGUUGUAGGAUAUUAUCCAUUUAUGAAAUGAAAAUAUAAACAUCUAAAUUUAAAUAUUGUUGACUUGGAGCAUUCAACAUGGCAGACACAAUUUAAAAAUUUCAGCUUUGCGGAUGUAAUAUAAACUUCUACUUACCUAUUAAAAUAAUUUCUGUUCUCUUCUGCAAAAAAUAACUGAAUAUUUUGUUAGAAUAGAAAUGUAAUAAAAUAUCUUUAAAACAUAGCAAAUCUUGUAUAAGAUUUCGACCAUAUGAUUCACAAUAAUUGAAUAAAACUUUGUUUUGAUUGCUUUCAGUGCAGAUAUGUCUUAAUCAUUAUGUCGUCUCCAGUGUUGAAUGUUCUCAGACUUGGCAUUUUACUGAUAUAUAAUAUUUUUGCAAGCUAUUCAUAAUGUUAAGUGAUUCUAUCACAGUUAAGACAUUUCCAUAGUGACAAAAUCCAACAAAAUAAAAACCAAAUAACUAAUAAUUGUAGAUUUGUGCCAUUAAUUUCUGACUAUGGAAGCACAGUUUUCAUGAUUAUUAGCCAUUUAGUUUUGGUUUUGUUACAUUUGGGCGUUGUGGACUUAGCUUUAGAUGCACAAUGUUCAAAUUAAGGUAAUAAUCAGUGACUGGGUCAGAAUUGGAUCAAUUUACAUCACAUUUCUUUAACAUUUAUUUUGAAUGGGAAACGCCGUGAUCAUUGUACUUAAAUUAGGUUAUAUAUGAGAUUUAUGAUUUAGAUAUAAUUUUAUGCCAUAACUAAUUUAUGUUCUUUUUUAUAGUCUUUUAUAAUUAAAUAAAUACUACUUUGUUACUAGAACGAAAAUGAAUUAUAUAUAUUUGGCAUAUGAUGUUAUUACUCGCUCAAUUAAAAUUAAAGCAUGUUUUAUGUUUAUAACGCCUUAUUUUCACGUGUAACUAUACAGUCCGCGCGAUGUAUGCUUACUGGCAAAAAGGGGUUCAAUUCUGAUGCGUAGAUACAAUAAUUUUAAUCAGUAUGUCGGGCCUCAUACCAGUGCUAACUUUGACCUUGACAGAGAAUAUCGCUCUUUAUGACGGAAUCCAUGUUUGAAACAAGUGGACUCCAUGUAGUACCUAUCUCAUUUUUAUAAUUUUAUCGCCAUAUUCAGAUAAUUAACUGUGAUUAAUAAAGCACAUGAAAUCCAAUAAUUAAUGCAAUUUACGCGUCCAGAAUUUGAGCUCUAUUAGCUAUGGAUAAAUAUGGACCCGUAGCGUUACGCAAUACUAGUCCACUUGCUUUAUUUUAACGGACAAAAAGUACAUUGUAGAUUAUGGACUUGAACCAAUUCAUCGAUCGUUUACGUAAGCCUCCACGAACGAGAGACUGACCAAUUUUGUCUCCACUGAAUGUCUAGGGAACUGGACAAGAAUAUACUUCGUUUUUAUGGGUUCUGUACUUUUUUUUUUAUAUUAAAAUAGGGCCCUGACUUGAACAGUAAACCCAUAGCAAAAACAAGGCAACUUUAAACAUUUUGUUAACACUAGCUUCGUCAUAUUCAGAUUGAUAGUAACAUCAAUGCGAUGGUGCCGAUAGUUGUCAGUUAUUCGUGUAUAUCGCUGGAACUGUGCCUAUAAUUUACAAUAUAAUUUAAUGAAUUCGUAUUGUACAGAUCCACCUUCAUUUAUAUAUGCUUCAAUAGUUGUAACUUAAAAUAACAAUAAAUAAUUUGAUUUGUAGAUCAAAAUUUAUUUGGAUAUAUGAAAUUUAACAUUUAUUUCAGGAAAAGCAUUUUAAAAAUUGGUAAAGAUUAAAUAUUUUUGCAACAUUAAUAACAAUAAUGAAUCAUGUACAUGUCUUUAAAAAUGUGAAAAUAAAACAGUUUUAAAUAUGC